ACGUGUUAUAUUGAAAAGUUUUAUUUGAAAUAAUAUUUGAAGUAUUAUUCGCAAUAAUUUUUCUCAUUACAGAAAUCAAACACUUUUUAUUUUUAUAUAAAAUCUCUAUUUGUUUAGUUGUGCCAACUGUUACAAUGACACUCUGUAUGCAUAAAUUAGCGAAUUAUGGCAUCGUACCAAGGGCUCCGAAAGACAUCACGGCAACCCUAGUCACCGACUCUGCGAAUAACGCUGACGACAUCGACAAUAAUGUAAAAAAAUGGUACUAUUUCUCAACGAAGAUAAAGAUGAACAUCUAUCGUAUAUGUACACGGAGAAGUAACAUACGUACAGACCACUUGGAGCAAUUGACCACGCAAGUGUUUACGGUCCCCUUCGGCUACGUGAUGCUAUGCAACAUUCGUUUAGUCUUGCUUCGUAUGUUGCUGUCAACCGUUAUCAGUUCAGUAGUAAUGCGCAAUGACAGAGCUAAUUUCUAACAAGUAUUUCUGUAAUUAGCAGAUUUGCUACUCGCGAUCAUGCGUUAC